UUGGUUUGAAACCCUACAACCCUAAAAUCCGCCACAUGAAAGCCAAACUGCAGGCACUCUUGGCUCUUCCUUCCACGCCAAUCGCUACAAGAACCGAGCUAAAAUGGAGAUUUCAUUAUGCCCUUUCGCUCUUUUCGUCACUAGAUCCUUCUAAUGAAAAACCGAUGAAUUUCCUUACAAAAGCAAUAUCAACCCAACUGUUCAACUCAUCUCCAUCGCCAACGCAAUCAAGAAAAUGCAUCGUCUUACUGCAAACCCUCACAGCCCUCCAACAAUCUUCUCUCUUUUCCUCCAAAUCGAGAGAACCCAGAGUGCAAAAAGCUCAAGAGCCCUCACCACUAACCUCACCAGUCUCGUUUAAUCCCCCAAAAGUGCCAAAACCCGAGAACGAAUCAAAGCCCCUCCCUUUCUGUGAAAUUCCCUUCCACUCAAAUGUUUCGAAUUCCGUGGAUCUGAUCGGUUUUGUUGACUGCCCAGUCCAGUUAAAGUCUUUGCCUGAUGGCAGGCGUGUGGCUAAGACUGUCAUACUUUCCACUGUUUCCAGCCCAUCUGUGUCGAUUCCUGUUGUGUUUCAAGGAGAUUUGGCUGCCAUCGCGGAGUUUCAUGUGAAGAAAAAUGACUGCAUUUAUGUUUCUGGGCAGUUGAGUAAUGGGAAUCAUAAUCAAAAGACUGUUCAUCUUCUGGUCCAAAUCAUGAACUUUGUGGUGGGUUUGAAGAGGAUUUCUGGGUUGGAAAAUGAGGACGAUGAUGAUGAUGAUGAUAUCUCUGUGAAGCAGAAAAAGGGUAACAAGAAAGGGUUCACCAGAAAAACUAUGAAUGUUGAGCAAGUGAGGAAUUGGAAGGACCUAAUCAAGAACCCAAAACAGUGGAAAGAUUAUCGUGGAAGAAAAGCUAAGGGAUCUGUGAAAACUAGACACCCAGAUUUCAAGAAUGAUGAGAGGUGUGUUUCACUCUGGCUUUCCAAUGCCCCAGAAUGGAUUCUUGAAGGACUUGAAGGACUGGAGUUCAGUGAUUCUUGAAGUUUAGAGUUCAGAUUGGAUUUUGUGUUUUGUAUUCUGUCAUUUCUAAAUAGAUCUUACAUUUUUACAUUUUGUAAAGAAUAUUAUAAAUAAUUGAGAGAUUAAAUUUA